AUGUUACCAAAGUGUUUUAUAGGGGCUUUAUUCGUAAAUUAUAGUAAUUCAUCAUGUUUAAACAGAAGCAUUUUAAAAAUGAACCUAUUCAACCCAUCUAGGUUUCGUAAUUCACCUUUAAUUAUACAUCGCAAUGCAUCACAAAGUGCAGAAGCAACGAAAAAGACAAGCAAUAAUAAUUUCCACCGACAUUGCUUCCACGACGAAUGUGAAAAGUUAUUAAACGAACAAAUUGAAGCCGAAUUGAACGCUUGCUAUACCUAUCUUGCCAUGGCAUCACAUUUUGGCCGCAGUGAAGUAGCUUUGCCAGGUUGUUAUGCUUUCUUUUUCCAAAUGCAUUUAGAAGAACUUGGACACGCGCACAAUUUGAUUCGAUAUCAAAACAUGAGGGGAGGCAAAGUUCUUUUUUGUGGGCUCAAAACAGUAGAAGAUUGUAAAUGGAAUGUACAGCAAAGCCUUGAAAAGGGGUUACAGAUGGAAAAGGAAGUCAAAGAGAAACUGAUUGCUGUUACUCAUGUCGCCGAAAAACACAAAGAUUUCUCCUUGUCAGACUUUAUAAUUGCGGAUUACAUCCAGGCGCAAGAGAAGUCAAUACAAGAAUAUGCGCGUCUUCUACAACGUUACCAGUCGAUGUCGGGUUGUGGAAAUUGUCAAUGCACUGAUUUUCUUUUUGAUAAAGAGCUACAUGCUGAAUUCUCUAAUGGGACGAACCAGGAUGCACUUAAAUUCACAGAGAAUGAGAAGGCGUUCAAGUAAAACUCAAAAUGUCUUUGUUUAGACAUACAAAAUCUUUGUAAGAUUGCACAAAUACUUCAUUUAUUUAAAUUAUUAUUUUUAGUUAAAUUCAUUCAUUGCUGCAAAAUAUAUAGUUGCCAUCGCUCUCUUUCCGUAA